ACCCCCAAAAAAAAAUUCAAACCCCCAACGUUUGUUUUCUUCAUUUUUUCUCUCUCCUCUAAUCACUGUUUUCUCUAAUCUUUCACCAUAUUUUAGUGAGUGAAAGAAAGCAGAAUUUAUGGGUGUCAAAAAUUUGUGGGAUAUCUUGGAGCCUUGCAAGAAAACUUUACCACUUCACCAUCUUCAGAACAAGAGGGUGUGCAUAGACCUCUCAUGUUGGAUGGUGCAGCUCCAAAAGGUUAAUAGAACAUACUGUGCAAUGAAAGAGAAGCUUUACCUUAGGGGACUUUUUCAUCGAUUGAGGGCGCUCAUUUCGUUGAACUGUAGUGUCAUUUUUGUAACUGAUGGAGCUAUCCCUGCUAUCAAGAUUUCGACAUACAGAAAGCGGUUAAACUCAGUAAAUGAGGUUACACAAGAUGAUGUAGACAAACACAAACUUGUUCCCUUGCGAAGAAAUAUGGGUUCUGAAUUCUCUUGUAUGAUUAGAGAGGCUAAAACCCUUGGCAUGGCGCUUGGUGUUCCUUGCUUGGAUGGGAUUGAGGAAGCUGAAGCCCAAUGUGCUUUACUAAACUCAGAAUCAUUAUGUGAUGGAUGUUUCACUUCUGAUUCAGAUGUGUUCCUUUUUGGAGCAAGAACUGUGUAUAGAGACAUAUGCCUUGAAAAAGGAGGGUACGUUGUUUGCUACGAAAUGACUGACAUAGAGAACAAACUUGGACUUGGAAGGCGUGCACUGGUUGCCCUAGCCCUUCUCUUGGGAAGUGAUUAUUCUCAUGGAGUUCGCGGGUUUGGACCAGAUUCAGCAUGCCAAGUUGUUAGAUCAAUUAGCGAAGAUCUUGUUCUUCAACAUGUUGCAUCAGAUGGUUUAUCUUUUUUGAAGUCAUUGAAAACUUCGAAGAAGCAUGGACAGUAUCCUGAGUGCCUUGGGAAAGAAAACUUUGCAGAUCAACAAGUAAAGUUUACUGAACAUCAGCUUCCUUUGGACAAAGAUAAGGAAGUCUUGUCAGUAAUUGAAGCAUAUAUGAAGCCGAAGUGUCAUUCAGCUGACUCAGAUCCUGUGUAUAGGGUUCUAGCUGUGCUUCCUUUUCAGCGUGAUGCGCUUCAGCAAAUAUGCUCUCAGUUCUUUGAUUGGCCUCCAGAGAAAACAGAUGAGUACAUCCUUCCUAAGAUUGCUGAAAGAGAGCUGCGGAGAUUUGCCAAUUUGCGUUCCUCUUCUUCACAGUUAGGAGUUACACUUCCAUUGCACAUGAUGCCAAAAAGAUGUCCUAUAUCUGAAGUUCUCAAGCAUAGAAAAGUUCAAGGUAGAGAAUGCUUUGAAGUUUCAUGGGAAGAAUUUGAUGGCCUUAAAACAUCCAUAGUACCAGCUGAUCUUUUGGAGAGUGCUUGUCCUGAGAAGAUUGCAGAAUUUGAGGAAAGGAAAGUUCAGAUAAAGAAACAGAAUCGUCGUAAACCCAAGUCAAAGAAAUUAGAUGACACAGCUUCCGUGGCUAAUGUUGAUACAAGACUCCAAAACCUGUUACUUGACAUUGAGUAUGAGGAGAACAAUUCAAGAUUCAAGCCAACCCAAGCUUCCGUUAUUAGUGUUGAUUUGAGAACUGAAAGCCCAUUACUUAACCUCGAGUCAGAGGACAAUACAAGAUGCAAACCAACCUCAAGCUCUAGCUUGUCAGCAGCAGGAAGCAGCUUUGAAGUUGACUUAACAGUUUCUGAGAAUGAUAAUUAUGUAAGCAACAUUAACGACAAAUCCCCUUUUGAUCACCAACUUAACGUCGAGUCUGAGGACAAUGCAAGGUGCAAAUCAACAUCAUGCUCUAGCUCAUCAGCAUCAGGAAGCAGCGUUGAAGUUGAUUUAACAAUUUCUGACACCGAAGAUUACGCCAGGAACAUUAAUAACAGAUCCACUUCAGAUGACCAUUUAGAUUGUCCCAUGAGUAUGGAUACUGAUGUGAUUGAUCUCAUAAGCCCGUCCCCAAGACUAAAGACACGGUACAUCUCCAAGUGUCAAGGUAAUGUAGAACUAGUAAAUAUUAUUGAUCUGAGUGAUUCGGACAUGGAAAUAACACCUGAACAGGCUCAGAAAGCACGGGAUCUCAGACUAUCCCUGGCCCGCAUCAGAUAAGACUAGAAGAGAUAUCUUGAUAAUUUGAAUUUUCUAGUGAAUCUGUAAUCAAAUGUAUCCUCUAUUGCUAAUUUCUUAGCUUUAUGUAUUUAUAUUUGUAUCGACCGGGAUCAUUACCUGGCUCAUCUCACAGUACUUCUAAAUGGUUGUCCAACUGAGGUUGGGGUGUGGAAGUAUCAGAUUGGAAUUUCAACCAAGAAAUAUAGAAACAAAAGCUUAUAUGCCA